GUCCCCUCCCUCUCUUCACCAACCCGAGUAAGCAAGCAAGCAAAGCCACAGAGCGUGCGUGCAAGAAAGCAUCGGCCACCGGAGCUGCUGCAGGAAUCAUCCCCGUCUACAACCAAUCGAGUAUGGACAAGGUGCUGGCCUUCUCCAUCCUGAGCGCGUCGCCGGCCGACGUCGCCCCCGGCGCCGGCGCCAGCUGGGCUCGGUUCUCUUGGCAGGGGAGGAAGCUGCGGGACGACGAACAGGCCAGAGCAGGGCAAGAGGGGAAGCAGGGCGGUCCGCCGGCGGAGGCGGAGCAGCAGCCGGACAAGGGGAGAUCGCAGUCGCCGCCGACGUUGCGGCCGCGGUUCGCGCCGGAGUUCGACGGGAUCGACUGCUUCGAGACCAUCGUGUGCCGCUGAUGAGUGAGUGAAUCACGAGCUGCUCGUGGUCUGGCCGCGCGUGUGAGACUCACAUGAUUCUUUCCUCGUUCGAUCACCGUACGGUCGGCGUGUUCAUUUGUGGUUAACUCGUGCAGCUUCUGACUGAAGCCGCGUGUUGUACAGAAUACAGAGCUACUGUAUAAAGAAACCCAUUUCGCCGUGAUUA